AUGGAAUUACAUAGUCUCUCGAAGGUAUUUGUGAGAUCAGUAUCCGAUAAUGUUGCUCGAAGAAGAGUUUCCGUUAUUGGAUCAGGACCAUCUGGCUUUUAUACAGCUUAUCACCUACUGAGCAAGUCCACAGUUCCCUUGCAUGUUACCAUAUGGGAGAAACUACUGGUACCGUUUGGCCUUAGUCGUUAUGGUGUUGCUCCGGAUCAUCCAGAAGUCAAGAACUGUGAAGAUACAUUCUCAAAAUGUGCUAACACAUUCUCUGGAUCUGAUCAUAAGCAUAAGUUUGAAUUUGUCGGAGGUGUUGAGAUUGGAAAGCAAAUAAAGCUAUCUGAACUUUUAGCACAGGAAGAUGCUGUGAUAUUAAGUUAUGGCUGUUCUGGAGACAGGAAGCUAGGAAUUGAUGGUGAAUCAACUGCAAAGGGUGUCUUCAGUAGUCGCACGUUUGUAAACUGGUACAAUGGCCAUCCGUAUUUUGCUCAUGAUCCAUAUCUAACCGAAUUUGACUGGACGAAAGUGCGAAAUGUUGGAAUUAUUGGCAAUGGUAAUGUCGCGUUGGAUUUAACACGACUUUUAGUCAGUAACAAAAUAGGAAGCAUCUGGAAUCCCACAGACAUAUCUCUAAUUGCAUUGAACUGUUUGAGAAGUGCGCCAAUAAAAAAUGUUAAAAUAAUAGCAAGAAGAGAUUUUGUACACUCAAAGUUUACUAACAAGGAGUUACGAGAGUUAUGGGAAUUGGAGAGAUAUGGAAUACGAGGUAAAAUUGAUCCAGAGUUUUUUAACGAGACUAUGUGCGAUACAAGCAAGAUCAACGAUCGUGUAUUCAAAAGACGAGUUGAAAUGUGUGCGGAAUACUUGAAACCAUUUGAUAAGAGAACCAAAAAAAACUACAAGAAAUAUGUGCCGCCAGCGAUAGAUGAAUCAGAAGUGAUAACCUGGGAACUGGAUUAUUUGAAAAGCCCUUUGAAGGUGAAUGUCGAUGAACAUGGAAAAAUCGAAUCCCUUAACCUGUGCAAGAACAAAACAACUAAAGACAGUAAACUUGUGAAGACACAAGAUGAAGUAACUUAUGAAAUGGAUCUCCUCAUAACCUCACUUGGAUACGAGGGCAAGCCACUGGAAGAGUUCAAAGAUCUAGGCAUAAAAUUUGACGGAGAUCAUAUGGCAAACAUCAAUGGUCGUGUUCAGGACAUACACGGCGUAAUCUUUCCCAAGCUCUAUGCAUCUGGCUGGAUCAGGCGAGGCAGUCAAGGUGUGAUUGCAUCAACAAUGCAAGGAGCGUUUGAUGUUGCCGACAUUGUGAUGCAAGAUAUAUCCCAUGAAACUAAAACAACUGAGACUACCCGCGAAAUAGAUUUAAGUGGAAUCAAGCACACUACGUGGUCCGACUGGCAAAAGAUCAAUAAGAGUGAGCUCGAAGCGGGAGUGAGACAAAGCAAGACAAGGGUCAAGUACCUCGAUGAUGCUGAAAUCUUGCAAUUCUUGGCUUCAAACAAGUCUUAG